UACCAUCGAGCUCUGGUGAAUUUGUUUAUUUUGAGUAAAUUUUGUUAACAGGCGAUAACUAAAGAAAUUUUAUUUAUUCCUUUUGUUUCAUUGAUAUCAUUUAGUUUACAAUUUAUUUCUUAGCAGUUUUAUAAAAUUUUAUGGUUAACAUGUUGAGACCUAAAACUUUAAGUAACAUUCUUGGUCAAGCAAAUACUGGAGGAGUCCAAUGUACAUUGUUAUUGAAUCGUGAAGGAAGUCUUCUUGCUUAUUCAGGUUUUGGCGACACCGAUGCUCGAAUGACAGCGGCUAUUGCUUCUAGUAUAUGGAUUUCCUACGAAAAGUAUGGUAAAUUGGCUGCCAGUGAAGAUGAUUUAAACUGUUUAUUACUACAGUGUGAGGAUGGUAAUGUCAUCGUCAAACGUGUGGCCAAUGUAUUGCUCUGUAUGCACGCAAAAAGUCAUGUACCUUUAGGAACUCUUAAGGCUAAAGUGACCGCAUUAUCAGAUCAUCUAGAAGAGCCUAUUCGAAUGAUCACGCUUUGAAAAUCCAUUCUCAUUUAUCUACUUUUGUAACCAAAUUUCCGUUCAAUUUCUUAGUUCAACAAUCCUCAAUUAAUUUGUGUAUGUAUGCUUCUUAAAUUGAUUUUUCAACUCGAACUAUCAAUUAGAUUUUUUUACUCAAUAUAUUGACUUACCUGUUA